CUGACGUAGCGAAGGUAUUAUUGAUAACGUGGGGAAACAACUCGAAGACGUUGAAGUUUUACCAGCAUGAAUACUUUAUUAUCAAGAGCUAAUGCAAUAUUUGCUUUCACCUUAAGUGUUUUAGCAGGACUAACAUUUUGUUGUUUUGUCUCUACUGCUUUUAACGAAUACAAGACAAAUGUAACUUUAAAAACGGUGAAAGCAGUUGUGAAAAAUGUGCCAGACUACAGUGCUUCUCGUGAGAAGAAUGACCUUGGUUUCUUGACUUACGACCUUCAAGCUGAUCUAAGAAGUUUAUUCAACUGGAAUGUAAAACAGCUAUUCAUCUACAUGACUGCGGAAUAUGUUAGUGGAAAUAAUGUUCUGAACCAGGUUGUUUUAUGGGAUAAGAUUAUUCGUAGAGGAGAUGAAGCAAAGAUAGACUAUAGAAAUGUCAACCCCAAGUAUUACUUCUGGGAUGAUGGCAAUGGUCUCAGGGGAAACAAGAAUAUCACCUUGACACUCUCAUGGAAUGUAAUACCAAAUGCUGGAAGUUUACCAAAUGUAUUUGGUACUGGUAGCCACAGCUUUAGCUUUCCUGCAGAAUACACAACUUCCAGAGUUAUGUGAGAAUGAAUCCCGGGAAUGCUACUUUCUUUCAUCAGAAAACAUCUAUUUCCACGAUGUUGUGAAUACGACAUCACAUCUCUCAUUUUUUCUUAAAGUUUACUAGUGUAACAAAAUAUUUUCCCUUCCUUACACACCAUAGUUGGAUAUCUUGGAAAAUAAACUAAUUCAAUAAGGUUCAAUAGAUGAUAUACUGCAGAGAAAAGAUUGAGUUUACUUAUAUAUGUUGUAUAACUGUGGUAGCAAGUUUAAUAAAGUGUUCAUGUUCUCUGUGAGGAAAA